AUGUCGACUGAAGGCUCAACCCGGCCCCGCGUCUUUUUUGACAUUUCCAUCGGUGGCAAGCCUGCUGGCCGCGUCACCAUGGAGCUUUACUCAGACCUGGUCCCCAAGACGGUCGAAAACUUCCGGGCUCUCUGUACUGGUGAGAAGGGUGUUGGGAAAUCUGGCAAAACACUUCACUACAAGGGGUCCGUCUUUCACCGCGUCAUCAAGCAGUUCAUGAUUCAGGGUGGUGAUUUUACCGCUGGCGAUGGCACUGGCGGCGAGUCCAUCUACGGGAGCAAGUUUGAGGACGAGGCUUUCCCUCUCAAGCACGAGAAACCUUUCCUGCUGUCCAUGGCCAACGCAGGACCUAACACCAACGGCUCCCAAUUCUUCAUCACGACAGUCCCCACCCCCCACCUGGAUGGGAAACACGUCGUGUUCGGACACGUCCUCAACGGCAAAUCCGUCGUCCGCCAGGUGGAAAACCUCAAGACGGAAGCGGGCGACAAACCCUCGAAGGAGGCUCUCAUCUCGGAUUGCGGCGAGCUCACGGGGGAGGAGGCGCUCAAGGCCGACGUCAAGCAGCCCGACGAGACGGGCGACCCGCACGAGGAGUACCCGGAGGACUGCAACGCCGAGCUGGACGCCAAGACGAUCCUCGGCAUCGCCACCGACUGCAAGGACUUUGGCAACAAGGCCUUCAAGGCCGGGAACCUGCAGGUGGCCGUGGCAAAGUACGAAAAGGGCCUGCGGUACCUCAACGAGGACCCGGACCUGGACAACGAGCCGGCGACGACGAAGCAGACGCUCGACGCCCUGCGCUUCUCGCUCAGCAACAACGCCGCCCUGCUCAGCGUCAAGCUCGAGGCGUGGGACGACGCCAUCCGCCACGCCACCUCUGCGCUGGGCGUCAGCGGCGCGUCCGACGCCGACCGCGCCAAGGCGCUGUACCGCCGCGGCGUGGCCUACAGCCGGUCCAAGGACGAGGAGAAUGCCCUCGACGACCUCGAAAGGGCGCACGAGCUGGCGCCCAGCGACGGCAUGGUGGCCAAGGAGCUCGCAGCCGCCAAGGCCAGGGCCGCAGCCCGAGCGGCCAAGGAGAAGGCCGCGUUUAGAAAGUUUUUCUCUUGA